AAGAACAAAGCCAACUUCAUUUCAAUUCUCACCUCUCUGUCUCUCCCUCUGUUUCUUUCUUACGCACAAAGCUUCAACUCAUGGCGUUCUUGGCCCUGUUCCAUAUGGCCUGUUUGCUCCUCCUGUCAGCGCCUCUGAACCUCACCAGCGCAAACUCAGAAGGGGAUGCGUUGUACGCGUUGAGGAGCGCAGUGAAGGACCCGGAUAGCGUUUUGCAGAGCUGGGACCCGACCCUGGUGGAUCCCUGCACUUGGUUUCAUGUCACCUGCGACCGCCAUAAUCGGGUGACCCGACUAGACCUGGGGGAUGCGAAUCUGUCAGGUAGUCUCGUUCCCGAGCUGGGGAAGCUCGAGCACCUUCAGUAUCUGGAGAUGUACAUGAACGACUUAAGGGGCGCUAUACCGGAAGAGCUUGGAGGGCUGAAGAACCUCAUGAGCUUGGAUUUGUACCAGAACAACCUUACCGGCUCCAUUCCUGCUUCUCUCUCCAAGCUCUCCAAUCUCAAAUUCCUGCGACUGAGCGGCAACAGGCUGACCGGUGAAAUCCCCAGACAGCUUACCCAGCUCCGGAAUCUCAAGAUUCUCGACCUGUCGAGCAAUGAUUUGUGCGGUACUAUUCCGACCUCCGGUUCAUUUUCCAAGUUCUCAGAGCAGAGUUACGCCAAAAAUCCCAGAUUGGCAGGUCCGGAGCUGGUAGGAUUUGUGAGAUACGACGCUGGAGGGAGCUGCAACUGACGGAUCAUGUCGUACCCAAAGAGCAGAGUUGAGCUGUUCCACCGAUUCCAGAAUCAAAAGACCCUCCUCCUGUUUUUAGUACACAGCGUUCAUUUCAUGUACCUUGUAAUGCCUUGCAGAUUUGGUUUUUAUCAGAUGGAGAAGCAUGUGAUAUGCAGUCAUUGCACAUAGCUGUCGGCAGUGACCAUCUUUGAACGGGUAGACUUCAAGCGA